AUGUUAAGAGAAGUAGUACCACGAAAUGCCAGGACCCGGCGCAUUCUCAAAGCCAGAGAACCCCAAUUGAUCGAAAGCCCAAAGCAAACACUCCUACUACACGGUCCGAAAUGCCCUCUACCUCUCCACACAGUGCUUAAGACCAUCCACUCGCUCACAAAGCCUCACUCCGUGCUCUUCCACAAAAAGAACGAGAACAUCCACCCUUUCGAGAACACGGAGAGUCUUGAGUUCCUAGCGACAAAGAAUGAAUGCGGCAUCGCUAUUUACGGCAGUAGCAACAAGAAGAGACCGAACUGCAUAACUAUACUACGCAUAUUUGACUCGAAGGUGCUGGACAUGUGCGAGCUGCUACUAUUGGGAACCCAGGCUGAGAUGGAAGCUGAAGCGGCUGCUGCACGGAAAAAUGCCACAUCCGCUUUCCAACUCAACGUUGGCGUGGGAAUGAAGCCCAUGAUACUGUUUUCCGGAACUGUAUGGGCGGACGAGACCUCUGGUGUCUUCACCAUGCUUAAGAGUAUGUUUUUGGAUAUUUUCAAAGGCGAAGAGACGGAUAAGAUCGAUGUUGAGGGACUACAAUACCUUCUCAUGAUUGCUGCCGAGGAACCUCAAGACAGCGGAAUCGCAGGUGUGAACGGAAGUGCGACUGCUGGCAGCUCUUUGCCGGUCAUCCAUUUAAGAUGGUACAAGAUCCGGACGCGGAGGAGUGGACAUAAGCUCCCCCGUGUAGAGCUGGAGGAAGUUGGUCCAAAACUUGAUUUCAGAAUCGGUAGGGCUCGGGAGGCUGACGAGGAUGCUAUGAAGACUGCUAUGAAGCAAGGGAAGCGUCCUCAGGAUAUGGAGAAGACGAAGAAGAACAUUGGUAUGGAUAGCAUUGGAGAUAAGAUUGGACGAGUGCAUCUUGGCCGUCAAGAUUUGAGUGACCUGCAGACUAGAAAGAUGAAGGGUCUUAAACGACGGGCUGGCAUCGAUGAUGAUGAAGAUGAUGACGAGGAAGGAGGAAUGGAUCUUAUGGAAGUGGAUGAGAUAUCAGAGGAUGAAGACAACGGCCGCAAGCGCUCAAAGAGAGAGUAG